CGGCGACCACUCGCUCGCUUCCGUCCGGCGCGCGAACACGCCGUGAACAGUGCGAACAGUCGCCCGAAACCACCAGCGUCCGCGUUCGACAGUUCCGACGGCAAGGCACCGCGCGCGCGACCAGUUCCCGUGCGCCGACCGGCCGCGUGAUCGAACCGUGUAGCCGUUAUUUUUCCGCGUUCGCAACGAACCAUUUUACUCGUCCCACGGUGAUUUCAACGAUACCUGAUCAUUUUCCGUGGUUGAAACUAAUUAAAUACACCAAUUUUUAUGGCCAAGUAAUGCGAUCAUCUUUCAACCAUGGCUCUCUUGUACAGGUUGGUUAAGUUGCCUGAUCGCGUUCAGACCCACGUGUUCACGUUUGUGGUGACCAAAUCGGUAACGCGCGACCCCGAUCGGGACGUUACAUCCAAAGAGUUUGCAUGCGGCCAUCAAAAAUGGUCCAUCACAUUCUCGCGGACCGAUAAGAUGUUAGGUGCCUAUCUGGUGUGGAAGAGCGCUUCCGAGUCUGUGCGUGUUUACGUGGACUUCGCGUUCACUAUUCUCAACCGCGAACACUUCAGCGUCAAUGAGUCGUUUGCCGGUAAACAAGUAAAGUUUACGACGGACUGUCCGGCCCAGGGAAACAGAAAUUACAUACCGGUUAGCGACCUGUAUGGCAGAAACUUCACGGACGCGAACGGCGAGUUCCAGCUGGAGCUGUCCAUCGGUCACGUGCGCACGCUGUACGACACCGAGUUCCGCGUUCCCACGUCACUCACGUCCCGGCUGAUGCACCACCACCAUCAGAUCCAGAACCACCAUAAUCCCGCGGCCGGCAACGCGCUUCAGCACCAGUAUGGCAGCGCAUCACCCCGGGGCACUAAGUGCAAGCUGGAGACGUCUUACUUCACAUUUGGUGGCUUCGACUGGAACCUGGCCCUGUACCCGCACGGGGUCAAAGACGUGUCGUGUACUUCUGCUGAAGGUCGUAUAUCAGUGUAUUUGAAUCGAUGCACGGGAUUCGAUCAUCAAUGCCGUGUUCGUUAUAUGUUAGUUUUGGGCGAUGGAGACAAACGUUUGGACUCUGGAAUAUUGGACGAUGUAUCCGACUCAGAUGGAAAAAGCUAUGGCUGGCAUCCCAGAUAUAAGUUUUCUGAGCUGGUUAUCAAGGGCACGAUCAGGGUCCAUCUCGAGAUGCUGUUGGCCAACACUCUCAGCGAAGUGAUAUCCAGCAUAGUGAUAACGGGCAUCAACCAGCACGGAGUGUCGCCAGCAGCGUCAAGUGGCGUUGUGGCGUCACCGACGAAAACGCAGUGCUACGACCGGGACAAGCACGCGUGGUCCAUUAGGAGCGAUUGCCAGUCGGAAACGGUCAGACUUCACAUGGUCUACAAGGAUAUCCAGAACGUUCCCAGGAACCAUCUCAGAUAUGUGUGUUGGACUGCUUAUCUACUGCGGUACCAUGGGAAAACGGGACAUGUGGAACCGGUGCCGUUACCGGGCGCACCGUUUAGCCACUAUUAUGCGACCGAUGCCACCGAUGAAGGGAUUAUCAUGGAGACCGAUAUAAGCGUCAAAGAGCUCCGUGAUUCAGGUUGCCCUUUUCUGACGGACAAAGGACAAUUGAGAGUACAAGUGGAAUGGGAAGAGAGCUACUUGCUAUUCCAAGCUACGUACCACAAGUACGACGACGUCAGCAGAACGCACAACUAUCAGAUGAGGCGGGAAAUCACGGCCCUGCAGGCGGAGAACUACAGCCUGGAACGGCAACUGUUCAGCUACCAAAAGAGCAUGUCGUUGGCGCAGAGCCGGGGCACCACGUACUCGGAUGAUCUGGACCCGGUGGAUGGGGUGGGCGCGGCGGACGAUCAGCACGACGACCAGCAUCACAACCAAGUUGGCGGCGGCGGCGGUGGCGGCAGCGGCAGCGCGUUCUACGACGACGGCGUUGGCGUGCCGGUGGUGGCUAUGGGCGUAGCGCCGGCGGACGGCUACCCACUGUCGCCACAUCACCAACCGCCGCAGCCGCAUCACAACCAGCAGCAGCAGCACCACCAUCACCAUCACCAUCAGCAGCAGCAGCAUCACCAGCUGCACCACCAUCACCCGGUGCCCGGGUCGCAGCAUCACCAUCCAUGAGACCGGCUGCCGUUCCACGAGACCGACGGCCACCAUCACGCGCCGCACUACCGGUACUCGGACGGCGGCGGUGGCCCGGCCACGUGGACGUCGAUGGCCAGCAACGCGGUCACGACCGUGUUGAAAAAAGCCCAAAGACGUUUCAGCGUCAUCCUCUACAACAGCAACACGAUGUAAACGCGAACGCGCGUAGAACGUCCAGGCGCGCACAACAACCUUUCUUCUUCUGCCCCCGACCACGAUUUUUCUCCACACCUGCCCGCAAACCGUUGUGAAAGGCUCCGAUUUCGGGUGGAAAAAAUGGAAAAUAAAAAUAUAUUUAUUAAACAUUUCGCUCAUGUGCCUGGUCGUUCGCUGACGUUUCGAUUUCAUGUAGCCCUUACGUAUGUAGCGUGUAGGCCCUUCGCCGGACCGGACGUCCUAUCGCUCCUCGUUCCCAAAACCCGAAAACCGAAAACUAAGUCGCGCAAACGUCCGGUUCGGAUAACGGAAAAAGUAAUACCUGAUCUAGUGGGGAUGUAGGGAGUGCCACACGCCAAUUCUGCUAGCUCUAAAGGGCAUCCAAAAUUGAAAUCUAAAAUCAAAAACUGUCAUUUCAUUUUUUUUUUAUGUUGUUUUUUUUAAAUUAAAUCAAUUACAGUCAUAGAUUUAUAUGUAUAUACUAAACAAACUUUUAUUAAGGGGCCUCCAAUUGGUAUUUCCACCGUGGCCUUCUUAUACCAGACCCAGCACUUUGACGGAGUGUGUGUUUCCUUUACUUAACAAAAAUGUCACAUCAUUUGUGACAGUCGUUUCUUUUCUUACCACAUAGUACGGUUUGUUUCGUCGGCACGUGAUAAAUCAAUUGAAUUCGCGUUGUUAAAUAUUGUACCACAUGUCAUAUUCAAUAUCGGUCCUCUCGUCGACAUCGAAACACUUAUCACAGACGGGCAACAUUUGGUCGAGUUUCAAUCUGAAGUGACAGCACGUGUACAACAUGGUUUCCACCCCAGAUCAAAAGGAUUUCAACCCACUCUUGCUGCGAAAACUGUAAUAUUCGGCUACGAAGUAGGGUACCGUUAGUAGUAAUCACUAAUUUUUCUUUUUUUUAAAUUUUAAUGGUUUAGAAAUCAUUUGUUUUCUGAACUAGAGCGGUCUAUAUCUUUAACCCUUCGUUCUAUUAUCUUGUUGCGAUAUUGCUUAUGUUAUUAACACCGUACACGAGCGGGUGCACACAUACAAUACCGAUGGGACCACGCUCUAGGCAGGCGUGUGACGAAUAAGUUUUUCCGUUACCUUUUUGUCAUGCCACUCGAAAGUUUACUAUCCAUGUAAACUUGCUAUGCAACAUUAAUUUCGAACUUUAAAAGUGUUCUCAGAUAAAAAUAUAAGUUAUACAGACUAAACCCGUAUAGUACGAUGUUCUUUCGAGUAUUAUUAUCGGAUGAUAAAUUGAUUUUUCGUUCAAACGUUUCUAGCAACAACAAAACAAAAAUCUUUCAUUGCACAUUACGACAGCGAUGAACUGAUGGAAGAUGAUAUAAUAUAGAUAAUAUUACAUCGAUCCUUAACCCCUCCUCAGGGCUGAAACUAGCAAAUAUUGAGAGUGGGUUAUAAGUAUACAAAUUUACAGACUACUUUCGAAAACACAAUUCUACAAUUCUAAUAUUCAGUGCUGUGGUUACCGAAUAUUGUGUCCGGGGUGAAACUUAAAAACAACUCCUUAUGUAUUAUUCAUUCAAAAUUAUUAAAGCCAUUGGAUAUUAUUUUAAAAAAUUGUUUUAAUUGAUAUAAAGGACGUUG